CGAUAGUGAAUCAAGUGAUGAUAAUCGUUACAUAAAAAAAUCAAAAAAACCAAAGAAAUUAAUGCAAAAAAAUAAAAAGCAAUUAAAAGAUAGUAGUGAGAGUAGUGAUAGUAGUGAUGAUGACACUUCAGAUGUUUCCGAUCCAAACGUUAAGAGAAAUGUAACAAAGAGUCCCAUCCCUAAUGUUAACGGUGGAAAUCCUCUCGUUCCUCUCGUUCAUUCUAGAAAUGAGGUCUCCCAAAAAAUUGUAAUUGUGGAAGAUUGGGUUCAAGACGUGAAUCCAAGUGAUGGCGCAAAUAAUAUUCUUGAUAGGAUGAAGGAUAGACAUCGAGUUGAAGCGAGAGCAAUGCAUAUGUCUCCACCACAACAAUAUCAUUUGUAUGGUUAUCCAGAUGAUGAUAGAUUUGAUCGUAAUGGAAGAUAUGAAAGAGACUAUCCUGACCACGAUUAUCGUGAGAGAGAUAGAUAUCCAAGAGAUGAUUAUAGAUAUCCGAGAGAUGAUUAUAGAGAUCCAAGAGAUGAUUAUAGAUAUCCGAGAGAUGAUUAUAGAGAUCCAAGAGAUGAUUAUAGGGAUCCAAGAGAUGAUUAUAGGGAUCCAAGAGAUGAUUAUAGGCGUCCAAUAAAUGGUUCUCAUACUUCUUCCAUUUCUUCAAAAUCUAGUUCACAUAGUGAUCGCGCUAAUUAUGACCCAAUACGUAGAGAACCAAUGAAUAGGCAAUUUCUAUCUCCAAAUGUUAAUUUAGCCGCUCGUGCAUCAGUCCUUUCUACAGACAGUGAUAUAAUUCCUUUAGGUAGAAAAUAUGGUUUAAAUAUACCAAGCGUAAUCAAUGAAACUGCUAGCGAUUCACAAUCAAUAUAUUCAAAUCCGGAACGUAUUGCAAGUAAUGGUAUUCAUGUUAGAACAAUAGAUUCAAGACGAAAAAAAAAAGUAUCAAACGCAAUUAAUGAAACUGCUAGUGAUUCACAAUCAAUAUCAUCAAACCAAGAAACUCUCAUUCCAGAGUUAGCUCUCAUUCCAGAGUUAGCUCUCAUUCCGGAGUUAGCUCUCAUUCCGGAAGUAACUGAUUCAAGACGAAAAAAAAAAUUACCAAACAUAAUUAAUGAAGCUGCUAGUGAUUCACAAUCAAUAUCAUCAAAUCAAGAAAGUAUUAGGAGUAAUAGUGCUUAUUCCAGGGCUAGUACUCAUUCCAAAGUAACUGAUUCAAAAUGGAAAAAUACCGCUUCUAAACUCUCCUCGAGGGCUCGUAAUAGUGUAUCAUCUUCUGAUGAUGAUGAAAGACGAAGAAUAUCUACUAUGUAUGAUAGUGAUGAUGUACCAAUACAAAUGACAAGAACAAUAAGAAAUCAGGCACGUUUAGGACAAAAUACUCCUAACAUGCGUUAUGAUUCAUAUCAAAAUGGUUACUCUCGGAAUGAACCAGGUUACGAUUUGCGUUCAGGACCAAUACCAAGACAUGGUCUAAAUGGUUAUCGCGAUCGCGAGGAUUCAAAUGGUCGAUAUUUACAUGAUGAUUUACCACCUCCACCACGACAUUACACUUCUCAAUAUCGUGAUGAUCGAUAUCCAUUACAUAACCCUAAACAUAUUCCGUAUGAUACGCCUCGUCAAAAAUAUACUUAUCCACCACCUCCAGACCCUGCAUUAAACCCCAAUAAAAAAAUACCAUUAAUCGAAAUGGCUGGUUAUCGUUAUGAUCAAACCAAACGCUCUGCGAACCAACUAAAUCAACCAUUUCUAACAAAAGAUUCUCAUCCUACGCAAUUUUCACCAGAAGCCCCAUAUAGAGGUGGCUACAUUCCAAGAGAUCGUGGAUAUUUAUCGCCGGAACGAGAAUAUCCACCACCUAAGGAAAGAGAUGAAUAUAAUGCUUCGGAUCGAGGUUACGCUCCUCCACGAUUCUAUGAUCGUGGUGAUAGGCGUGAAUAUGAUCAUGAACGUGAUGGAUAUGGUGGUGAUAGGUAUGAUAGAUAUAAUGAUAGGUAUAAUGAUAGGCUUAGUGAUAGGUAUAAUGAUAGGUAUAAUGAUAGGCUUAAUGAUAGGUAUAAUGAUAGGCUUAGUGAUAGGUAUAAUGAUAGGCUUAGUGAUAG